AUGAGGUCUAAACUUGUCAACUGCCGCCGUGAUGGAGCGAACAGGAAGUCCGCGGUAUGUGACGAUGAUGAUGAUGAUGACGACGAUGACGAUGACGAUGAUGAUGAUGAUGAUGAUGAUGACGAUGAUGAUGAUGAUGAUGAUGAUGAUGAUGAGAUGAUGAUGAUGAUGAUGAUGAUGAUGAUGAUGAUGAUGAUGAUGAUGAUGAUGAUGAUGAUGAUGAUGAUGAUGAUGAUGAUGAUGAUGAUGAUGAUGAUGAUGAUGAUGGAGAUGCAGCUGAAGAUGAUGAUUUCAACUGACAUCUCUUGUCGCUAUAGGCCUCUCGAAGAUCUACAGAUCAUGCUCUCUCCGGGUCGACGAACUCAGAGCUCUGAGUCCAUCAUGGGAGACGACGCAACCUUCAGAUUGCGGCGAUCGCUGCAAGAUCAGUACACGAAUCUGUACAUGGAGUACAAGGAGCUGUCAGAGAACCACGAGGACCUUCUGAAGGACCUGAACAGGAAGAGUGACAGCUAUGCUCGUCGAGAGAACAAAUAUCGAGAGGAGAUCGAAAACCUGAAACGAGAGUUGGAGAACAGAGUUCUAGAAGAUCAGACGGGAGGAGACAGCAUUCACCGUGUCGACAACCUGUACAACAGAAUUCAAGAGAGGAUUGAAGAUCUCAACCUCACCCACCUGCAAGUAAAGAACGAGCACGAACAAGACUUGCUCCGACAUUUCAGGGCCAAGUUGUACGAUGCUGCGUCAAAGAUGAAGACUGAGGAUAACCAAGAAAGCACCUCUGGCGUCCCUCAAGCAUGGCUAGAGAAGACUACCAACCUCGCCAAGGAGCUAGACAGAUUCAAAGAGCAAGCGGAGAGACUCACGAAGGCCAACAUGACUCUUGCAGCGAAUAUCAAGAAAUUCGAGGCGCAUCAGGGCGUUUUAAAGCAAGAGAGGGAGGUGGCGAUCAGAAAGGCGGUCGCCAUCAAGAAAGAGAACGCAAGGCUGAAGGAAGAGAUUGAGAAAAUGCCAGCCUCCCUCCAACACCUCGAGAAGUUCGUGUCUCCUUCACUGCCGAGCUCAAAGAUGGAGAUGGUCAAGAGUUUGAGAUCCUCGUCCACUGAGGGGAUCAAGGCGUCAGAUCUUGAAACCCUCGAACCUCCUGCGAGCAAGUCCAAGGAGUUGAGCAGAGAGCUGCAGAGGUACUACGAGGUGUCGAAGAGACUGAGACAUGUCCUGGACAACGAUAGGAGACAGCUGAAUCAUGUGAGGGAAAUGCACUUGUCUAUGAUGGAGUGCAAGACUGAGUUGGAGAAAAUUCUCCGAGAAAGUUAUGACAAGAUUUCCAACACUACCAGCCGACACGACAAAGAGCCGAUCAGUCAGGAAGAUCGUCAACGAAUCUUGGAGGACGUUCUUUCAAGGGACGAUGCGAUCAAGUUGUUAUAUUCAUGA